AUGGGUCUAGCAAGUCUUAUCUAUCAGCAUACGUUAGUGCUUUCUGUUUUAUUCAAACAUUGGUUUCUUGGUUUAAUCAAUCUUUUUGCUGGUGGUCCUCCACUGAAAGAUGUAAGUUCCGACAUUGUUCUUAUCACUGGUGCUGCAAGUGGACUGGGAAAAGGUGUAGCUCAACGAUUGGCUCGUCUUGGUUGCACACUUGUUUUAUGGGAUGUUGAUCAUGAAAAUAAUAUUCGUGUUGCUGAAGAAUUAAAUAAUGCAACAAAUUCAAAGCGUGUUCAUGCAUUCAAAUGUGAUUUAACAAAAAAGGAAAAUAUUUAUGAAUGCGCAAAAAAAGUUCAGGAAACAGUUGGUCAAGUAACAAUGGUUAUUAAUAAUGCCGGCAUUGUUUCAGGUAAAAAUUUUCUGGAAUGCAGUGAUUCAUCGAUUCAACGUACAUUCGAUGUUAAUAUUAUGGCACAUUUCUGGAUUUUAAAAGCAUUUUUACCAUCGAUGUUAGAAAAUAACCAUGGUCAUAUUGUAACGAUUGCGAGUGGUGCUGGUCUAGUUGGUACAUCAGGUUUAGUUGACUAUUGUUCAUCGAAAUUUGCUGCUGUUGGUUUACAUGAAUCAUUAACACAUGAAUUAUAUGGUUUAAAAAAACGCGGUAUUAAAACAACUGUUGUUUGUCCAAGUUUUAUUAAUACAGGAAUGUUUGACGGUGUUAAGACGAGCGAGGUGGCUCCAUUGUUACAACAAGACAAUGUAUGUGAUUUAAUAGUUGAAGCUAUACGAAAAAAUCAACAUCUGUUGCUUAUACCGAAAUUAUUGAUCCUUUCUCUUCUUUUAAACAGAAUGUCAACAACAGAUGCUCAACUUGAAGUACAAGAUAUGAUUGGUCUUCAUCAUUCAAUGGAUACAUUUACUGGUCGUCAUCAAAAAUCUUCUUAA